AGGCCGGCCCCACCCCCUUUCCAACGGCUUUGCCCCACGAGUAGCUGGCCGAAAUGGCGAAAGUCCACGGCUUCUGCCGUGCCUUGUUCCAGCGUUCGAGCACAUCUAGCCGCCCACCCGUGCUCCAGCGCUCUCCCAGUUUCCGGCUAGGGGUCAGAAGGAGCACUUUAUCCUCGAGUGAGGCUCCCUUCCCGGUGCUGCAGGAGCCAACGUUAGCCUGUGACGAGGCUGCAAGAAGAAACAGAGACGUGAAUCUGUCACUAUUUGCCGAGAUCAGAUCUAUUCGAGCUGCCAUCGAGGGCUCGGAUGACGAGGUAAGACGCAAGGACAGAUCGUCUCGGAAACUUACAGUUCGAGAGAGAAUCGACCUUCUCAGAGACGAUGGGGGUGAGGUUUUGGACGUAGGUCUGUUUGCCGGGUGGAGUAUGCCGUACGGUCGGGUCCCGAAUGCAAGCAACGCGGUAGUCGUGACAAAGAUAGCCGGAGAGACGUGUGUGGUGUCAGCCAAUAUCUGGACCUUCAAGGGUGGGACUCUCUACCCCAUCAGCGUCAAGAAACAGCUGCGGGCACAGGAGAUUUCCAUGGAGAACAGGCUUCCCUGUAUCUACCUGGUGGACUCUGGCGGCGCCUUUCUUCCUCUGCAGGCUGAAGUUUUCCCUGACAGAUAUCACGGAGGACGUGUAUUCCGAAAUCAAGCCAACCUGUCCUCUAUGGGGAUACCCCAGAUAUCUGUAGUGUGUGGGUCGUGUACUGCUGGAGGUGCCUACAUUCCCACAAUGUCAGACGAGGCUGUGAUCGUGAAAGGCAACGGGUCACUCUUCCUGGCCGGACCUCCUCUGGUUAAGGCAGCGACAGGUGAGACGAUAACCACAGAGGAGCUGGGAGGAGCAGACAUUCACUGCGGUGUCAGUGGCUGUACGGACCACUAUGUGGAAUCUGAGGAGGAGGGGUUUCAGGUCACCAGGAGGAUCGUCAGCAGCCUCAACCUCUCCAGGAGGAGGAGGAGGGAGAGAGAAGAGGCAGUUGAGCCUCCUCUCUACAGUACGUCAGAGGAAUCUUUUGCCAGUCUUCUCCCACCGUCUCUCUCACACGGCCAGUGGCCAGCUCUGGAGAUCAUUGCUAGAGUGGUGGACGGCAGUAGGUUUCAUCCGUUCAAAGAGAAAUACGGACCAACUCUACACGCCGGGUUUGCCAGGAUCAACGGUCGACUGGUAGGUAUUCUGGCUAGCGAUGGAGAACUAACAGCAAAUGCAGCAACAAAAGGAACACACUUCGUCAGACUCUGCACAUUCAGGGACAUCCCCAUCGUUUUCUUCCAGAACACCCCCUCGGAUCUCGAAUAUUUGGCCCCCGGGGGUAACGAGGGUCUGACGGUAAAGUCGAGAGCACAGAUGAUGUCUGCUGUUGCAUGUGCUACUGUUCCAAAGAUAACUGUUGUUGUUGGUGGCGGCUUCGGUCCCAGCAGCUUUGCAAUGGGAGGCCGAGCGCUCCAACCUAACUUUCUCUUCUCCUGGCCUCAUGCCCGUCAAGCCAUUGCUAGUCCUGACCACCAGCUACAGACUAUGAGACAGCAGCAGGGACUUGCAGAGAGAGAUAUAGACCCAGCUCUUCUAGACAGACUGGAGGAAGAGUGUGCCAACCACCCUCCUUCUAACCUUGUCACAGAUGCUGUCAUCUUACCUCAUGAAACUAGACAGGUAUUAUCACAGGCACUGGAUAUAUGCACAGUUUACAGACAACCUCCACUGUCAGAACACAGACUCAACGUAUUGAGAAUGUAGCUCAAAAUUCAAUGCAAUAAUUCACCAGAAAAAACCCUGUAUAAUUAUUAUAGUAUCACAGUUUAUGAGCAACCCUCAGAGUGUUCUUCGCCAAUCUCUGUAGAUGGACACAUUUGUAUUGCGUGGGGCAAGCAACCAACACAGUUUUCACGGCAAAAUUUGCAUUGCU